CCUGUCACAGCAAAUUCGAUGCAUUAUUAUUAUCUUAUAUUUUAAAAAUAAAUAAAACUGCGAGAUGCCUGCACCUCCAGAUCCGAGAUUUCUAUUGCGCGGUGACAUGGAUGGGAAUGUGCACAGUUUGCUGUUUUGGAUUGAGCCUCAUGUGGAGCAUCUCUAUGCUGGCGAUGGAAGAGGCACAAUUCAUACUUGGGACUUGAAGACAAACAGGAUAAAAAAUCAACUGUCGGAUGGGGAGAGUCCUUGCUUUAAUUUACACAGAACUAAUGACUCUGAUUUAAUAGUGCAACGAAGACACGGCAUAAUAGAUGUAUAUAAAGCAAGUGAAUCCAAUUGGAUGUUGAAUAAAAGUAUUAAUUAUAAAUAUUGCAGCUUUUGCAGAUCUCAAUUGUUGCCUGAGAAGAAUGCGAUGUUAGUUCCGCUCGAUUCCUCAGUGGUAGGAAUAUUGUCGCUGAAAACGUAUAACAUUGAAUCGAUGUUGGAUCCGUCCAAAUUAUCCUACAAUGACAAACUGGGCACAAUAAUGGCGAUGAAGCCAUUGGGUAUAAAUGAUUUGGUUCUGGUUGCUUAUGAAGGUGGGCAAUUAUUGUUGUGGGAUAUGAAAAAGAAUGACGUUCUCAGCUCCCUGACUGUGGAGCAAUAUCCGAUGACCUUUGAUUUCGAUAUUUCUCUGAUGCAAGGCAUCCUUGGUAGUGCAUCAGACAAGUUGGAGAUUUUUAAAAUAUUGCCGAAUCAUACAUUAUCUCACAAGUCUACAAUUCUAUUGGAGCACGUUUCUGGAGUGUCUGUCCUUUCUGUACGACCAGAUAAAAAGUUAGUCACAGUUGGCUGCUGGGACGGAUGUAUCAGAUUGUUCUCUUGGAAAAAAUUGCGGCCACUUGCGAUAUUAAGAGAACACAACGAGACUAUAUAUGAUAUUGUUUAUUCACAACGUGAAGUCGAGGCGUACGAUACCAAGUGUUUAAUGGCAGCUACUGGUAAAGAUGGUUGUAUAUCGAUGUGGGACAUUUAUAAUUAAAAAUUACAAGUAUGU